AGAAAAUCAUCACAAAACAACAAUGUCAAACCAGAGUCCUCCGUAGAACACACAAGGUUCGGAAGAAUUAUAGCUUUUGGAAAACAUGCGUCUGAACAACCGUCCUCACAAGUCUCUUCUCUUAACAUCAAGGAACUUUCAAGAAUAGACAAGACUUUAAAUGUUAGCACAUCAUGUGAAAUUUUGUCGGAGUACGGUAAAAUGAGCCGAGAAAGCAUUGUAAAGUUAGCGGAAAACACAGCUUACACAGCCACCACCGUUCUUGAUCUUCUCCGAUUUAUAGCCUUUAAGAUGAUGAGACGAGCCGAAGAUCAUUUCUCUCACGGCGUUGCCGAAAAUCUCGAUGACCCUAAGUAUGGGCAUUAUAAGUAUUGGUCUAAUCCACUUGAGACCAAAUUACCGGACGCACCGGAUAUGGAGAUGCAUUGUCUUUACGGAGUUGGGAUUCCGACCGAGAGAUCUUACAUAUACAAGCUCUCAACCUCUUUUGGUAAGUGCAAUAAAAACAUUCCAUUCCGAAUAGAUAGAUCGGUGGAUGGAGACGAUGUGUGUCUUAAAGGAGGAGCUCGUUUUGUGGAUGGAGACGAGAGUGUACCGGUAAUAAGUGCGGGGUUUAUGUGCGCAAAGGGAUGGAGAGGAAAAACGCGGUUUAACCCAUCGGGGAUGGAGACGUUUGUGCGGGAAUAUAAACACAAGCCACCGGGAAAUCUGUUGGAAAGUCGAGGAACGGAAAGUGGAGCUCAUGUGAACAUAAUGGGUAAUGUUGGACUCGUUGAAGAUGUUCUAAGGAUUGCUUCGGGAGCUUCAGGGCAGGAGAUAGGUGGCGAUAAGAUUUACUCUGAUGUGAUGAGGAUGUCGGAGAGGAUUAGGAUCAGGUUGUGA